AAGUACUUGCACUUGUACUUGUAAACGUUAGUGCGCCUUACGCUUUAGGGAAAAAGUGACCUACACUCUCAAAGCGUGGUCCACACCACUAACUCCAAUAGUGGGCGGCCACUAAUUGAGCUCCUACUGUCUUCUCCGGCACGAUCAGCAUACGUCAGCAAUGAAUGGCUCCCCCUUCGCGGAGACGCGCUAGGCCUUGGUGGCGGCAUGUCCGCUGCUUCCGUCGCCCGUUUCGGUCUUGUAGUCUUGGUUCAGCUAGGUACUUGGGUCACAACUCCUUUGCCCGGCAACUGCUGUCGUGGCCGCAACAAACCACGCAGUCUCAGCCAGCACGCCCUUGUUCUUCGGUCUUGUGUUGUUCCUGCGCCUUAUGCUGAUCCCCUUGAGCACCUUCCCUUGACGGUUGACGGCUGCAACAGCCCCCCCUCGCGGGCGCUCGCGCCUCGCCGCCGAAUCAGCUUCCUGGGCGAUGCCGUAGUCAUCAACACACAGGAAGUCGGUGGCUGAGCACUGAGCGCGCUUGGUUUGUCCGCUAUCGCCGCCGCGAGUCGUACCCGCGUCGAGUUCUCAGCCCAGAGACACUAGUCUCACAUCCUUGUCCGUCUAAGAACUGAGGGCGUCCGCGGCGGAGCCGCAUUAGCGCCCCCGAGAACGACGCCGCGGCGCCGCUCCCCGGGAGGGCGUCAC